UUGACAUGUAGACUAAAGCGCUACUCUUUAGCACAUCACAGAAAAAUAUUUGGACAAUUUUGUCAAGGAAUAAAAGAUGAUAUUUGAAAGGAACUUGGCUGGCCAUCCAAAAUUGUCACCGAUAAGUUUUGGGUUGUUGUUUUUGGCUCUUUUUCUGUACCUUAUUAGUUUAGCAGCCCCCUACUGGGCGUUUGGAAUUACCGACAAAAACGUACAGGUUAGCAUUGGAGUCUGGAUGUACUGCCUGACGAAUAUCACUCAAAUAGAGUGCCAUUAUAUUGGCCAGUUCCAUUUACUGACAGAUGUUCAGAAAGGUUUAUUACUGGGGCUUCAAGUUCUGGUUAUUGUCGUUUUGGUUUUAAUGAUGGGAGCAGCCCACAUGCUCGGCCGUAAAAUAACUCAAAAUUAUCAAGGAAUUUCUUUGACAACUAGUAUAACCUUGAGCGGCACUGCAGUACUUCUGUUACUCGUUGCUACCACUGCUUACGCCGGGAAUUUCCACCAUGUCCAGUCCUUCGUCCCCGGGGCCCAGCUGGACUUUGCCUAUGGAUUAAGUAUCGGUGUGAUGGUUGUUUGUGUUGUUGCAGAAGUUUUUAUGAUUAAAGAACAUGUCAGUGUUCGUGUGACUCCCACUUAGUUUAUUUCUCUGUGGCAAUAAAACUUUGAUGUAUUGUGCUCUGAUUGACUUUUCAGAUGAAAUUAAACUCUCUAUAUUUAAAAGAGCGUUAUGGGAUAAAUUUAAUUAUUACUAAUGCAUCAAGUGAUUCAAAGACAAUUGUAAUUUACUAAAUUUUUUUUAAAGUGACUUAUAAUAAUAAAGCACUUUUCUACCAUGUUUAAUGUACUGACAUUAUCUUCAAAGAUUUUCGUUUUUGAUUUUUUUUUUCUGUUCAAUGAACACUUUCUUGUUCAAAAGGGGAAGUUUUUUUCUUCUAAGGCUCCUGAUCCCAACUCUAGAAUUUUCAGAGACCCUCGUCACUGAUUUGUAUAGCUGAUAGAUUUUUU